UAGUAUGCAUUUUUUGGGUUUGUAAAUUUGGUAAAAUCGUAUCGGUUAAAAAAAUAAAUUACAAACCAAUUUUUAUUCGUAAAAACCGAUAACUGAAUAAAAUUAGCAUAGAUAAAUGGCUAAGCAUCAUCCAGAUUUGAUAUUUUGUCGAAAACAACCAGGUGUUGCUAUUGGAAGACUCUGUGAAAAAUGCGAUGGAAAAUGUGUUAUUUGUGAUUCGUAUGUACGUCCAUGUACCUUAGUAAGAAUUUGUGAUGAAUGUAAUUAUGGUUCGUAUCAAGGAAGAUGCGUUAUAUGCGGUGGACCCGGUGUUUCCGACGCUUAUUAUUGCAAAGAAUGUACAAUUCAAGAAAAAGAUAGGGAUGGAUGUCCUAAGAUUGUAAAUCUUGGUAGUUCAAAGACUGAUCUCUUUUACGAGCGCAAAAAGUAUGGUUUCAAAAGAAGAUAAAUUAUUUUUAUGCAAAUAUUAUUUCAUAU